CAUCAUCUGUUUUAGCUUGUGUGUAUCAUUGAUUCAUGACGUGUAUCACCAAUACACUGGUUUUCUGGCUGCCCUGCAGUAAUACGUCCACUGUAUAUUUCAAGAAAAAGAAGAAAGUGCAUGGCAAUGGUCUCGGUGGAAUGUCUUCCUACAUAUGUUCUGUGUAGCAGUGUUAGCACUAUAUGGUGUGUCUGGGCAGCAGUUUGUUGUUUUACUAGUCACAUGAACCCACCCAGUUCCAAGGGGAGCCUCAGAAUAUAGAAGUACUCAUCUGUAAUCACCUUUGAUCGCAAAAAGGAACAUGUCACAAGGGAACUCCACGCUUAAUAUCAGAUCUCUAUAGCGCUCGUUUUCUUUCUGUUUAAUACUUGAAGUUUUCAGGCAUUUCUUGUGUCCGUGUGUGUGUAGUUGUUAGGCUACCACUAGCUCUUAUUUCAGAUUCUAUGGACCUGCACAUCUGUUAGUGCAGUGAUCCCCAACCAGUAGCUGCUAGGAGAUAUUUUUUGUUGGAGACAUGGAGAUGUCAUCAUAUUAUACCAAACUCCUGGGGGAACUGAAUGAACAGAGGAAGAGGGAUUUUUUCUGUGACUGCAGCAUAAUUGUAGAGGGCCGGAUUUUCAAAGCCCACAGGAAUGUAUUGUUUGCCAACAGUGGCUAUUUUCGAGCCAUGCUCGUUCACUAUAUUCAGGACAGUGGGAGACACAGCACAGCCUCUCUGGAUAUUGUCACAUCAGAGGCAUUCUCUACCAUCCUGGACUUUCUUUAUUCAGGCAAGCUGAACUUGUGUGGGGAAAAUGUAAUUGAAGUUAUGAGUGCUGCUAGUUAUCUGCAGAUGACCGAUGUGGUCAACUUCUGUAAAGCCUAUAUCCACUCUUCUUUGGACAUAUGCCGAAAGAUUGAGAAGGAAAGUUCUUUUGGACAGGCAGACAGUGGCAGCGAUGGCCUAAAUAGUGGAAGAGAAGCAGAGCUUGGGGCUUCACCUGAGAAAGAAAAUGAUAGUGACUGCCAGAAAGAUCCACCCCGUGGUGACUGCAGUAGUUGUAACUCUGUAGAGCUGAUGGAAAAGGAUCACCCAACAGAAGGCUCCCCUGAAGGUAAAAGUCCCAACAAAGCGGUAGAACCAAAAGAGGAAUUUGACUCUGAUAUUGUGGAGGUGUCAGAGGGUGUACAAACCUACCAUAUUCCUACAGGACUGGAGCAGGGAGAGGAAGGUCUGCAUGCAGCAUCUGGAGUUGACAUUGCAUGCAAUAACUACCACAUGAAGCAAUUUCUCGAGGCUCUUUUGAGAAACAGUUCUACCCAAAGAAAGGACGAUCCAGUGCAUCAUUUUCCACGGGACUACGAGUCUCGACAAGAUGACGCUGGUGUCCCAAUGAGCUCUAUGAUGGAUAUACAUGGUGACUGGUACGGGGAAGAUACAGGAGAUGUCCUAGUUGUUCCUAUCAAGCUGCACAAGUGUCCGUUCUGCCCAUACACGGCCAAGCAGAAAGGAAUCCUGAAACGCCACAUCCGCUCUCACACUGGGGAGCGGCCUUAUCCCUGUGAGAUAUGUGGGAAAAGGUUCACCCGACAGGAGCAUCUACGAAGCCAUGCGCUGACUGUCCACCGUUCUAAUCGACCAAUCAUAUGUAAAGGUUGCCGGCGUACUUUUACCAGUAAUUUAUCUCCUGGCUUGAGACGUUUUGGUUUGUGUGACAGUUGCACCUGCGUCACCACCACACACGAUGACUCCAACCAGCCAGGUCACACAGAAGCUGCUUCUGAGAGUAUGGACAAGGAAGAGGUGGAUGGAGACUGGCCAAUCUACAUUGAGUCUGGGGAUGAGAAUGAAAAUGAAGGGCCGGAGGAGGAGGAGGAGAUUGAUGAUAAAGAUCAAAUCCACCGAGAGGUGCUAAUGUGACCACUGUACCCUAGGAAUGUGCAAGGGACUCAUCACCUUAAUCAAGAACAUUUUAUCAUCUAAUUUGCAGGAAGACUUCUCUACUCCCUCAUAAUGUGUGGCAAGUUACACAUCUAUGCCACUGUAUAGUGUGGUUCUUGCUCUUUAAAUUGAUGAGACUCCUGUGGGAAGGACUUUUAUCACCAGAUACCUGACAAAUUAAAAUGAAUUUUGCAGAAAGACAUUUCUCUGUCCCCUUCACCAACAUACCAGGUUGCAUGUUUACACGUCUAAUUAGAGUGUAGUGUGCUCCUUACUCUUGAGGACAACUGAAGAAACUUUUACAAGUACUAUUCCACAUUUUAGUGCUGUGCACUAAACCCAUGUGUGGUUGGAGACUUUUAAUCAUUUUUAACACUUGUGCUAGUUUUAUGUGUGUAACACAUACAUUGCCAAAAUUCUGUUUGCAGACUGUCUGCACCCUGGUACAGAACAUUGUGACAAUUCCUCUGCUGUAGAUGUCCUGAUACUUGUACUUAGUCUUUGACUGCAGCUCUCCAAUGCAUGAACAGGUGGUUUGACGGUUGCCCAAAUUUCCGCCUUAAACGUUAAAAAAUUGGGAGUACAAUAUUCUGCGGGCCAGCUUUUUACAUUGUGUAGGCCUGUCACCAUUACUUUCCUCCUCUAUUGCAGUUACAGGUCCUAUAAACUCAUCAACAAGGUUAAGAAGAUAUUAAGGCAUACUGUGUAAUGUCUGAAUGUUCCUUUUGAAGACACAGUGAUAUCACAUCCUCAGGAAAUAAGGUUUACACAUAGGACACACUUACGUGCAAAGGCAGAAAAGAAAUGGCUGUGUAUUUUUUUUUUUUAAUGUAGGGUUUGCACACUUCUAAAAAUCUCAUACUGGAAGAUCACAAAAAUGUUUCACACCAGAACCCUUAUUUAUUUAGCUUUAUCAUGGAGCUAUACAUCUUUUUACUGUAUGCAGAACUUCAUAGGAAAUCAAAUAGGCCCUGUGAUGUUAGCAAAUUAAUCGUUCGCAAAAUUCCUUGAAGUGCACUUAAAGGAUACAGAGCCUGCUUUUAUAGAAGUAUGAGAAUCUAGGCAGUUUACCAACAGAAUAAUGCUGGAAUAAUUCCUGGUACUUUAGUUUAUUCCCGGUAGUAAAGGCAGAAGGAAGGUUGAGAUUACCCGCACAUUGUUUUCUAGAUAUGCCUGACACUUACGUCAGUUCUUGAACCCAUGCCUCUUUCAGUUGAGUGACCGGCUGGCCCAAAUAGAUUUGUACUCCAAGUGUGAAAUAAUUGACAUACAUCAUGUUCCCUCCAUGUUCUACAUGCUAACUACUUUGUGGUGACCUAAUUCAUUGUAAAUAUGGCUUGGUUUAAUGGACCAUCUCACAUUUUCUUUAAAUAUAAAAAUAGCUGAUUUUUUUUUUUACCUGUUUUGAUUACAAGGGAAAAACACCUUUCCAUUUAAAGCCUGAUGUACUUAUCUACAGGUAGCUAAUGUUUGGCUUUUCCCAGACCUAAAUAAAUGUGUUGAUUUUACAGAGGGCUGAUAUAGGAUGCAUAAUACAGAUUGAUUUUUGUUCAGGAAAACACCAUUUUCCUCUUCAUCUGCCUAUAAGCAUUGAAAGUUCUGUGAUCAUUUGUGGCAACUGGAAUACUUCCCUUUUUACUCAUUUCUUACUAACCCAAGCUACAAAGUGAAAAAUAAAAGAGAUUAGUCACCCCGAAGUAGAGGAGAUUUGUUGCUCGGGGGGACAAAUCUCCCCAUCUGAGCAUGUGUCUCUGCCCUAAAGAUCUGCUGAUAACAAAAAAGUUUGCAGUCAAUCACUUUAUUUCUCCCAGAAGGCCAAAGGCAUAAGUUGCCCCACCCCCUUCCUUCUUUCCUAUUCAGAUCUCUUCCGAUGGCUGUAUAGCAAACAGGGCUGUGAUUAAACAAACAGGAUUGCAACUGGAGCUGAGGAACUUUUAGCAACAAGUCAUGUGGCCAGGCCCCCUAUUGGUCCAUUUCUUUUCUUGCUCCCUUUAUUGUUUCUUUAUUACUGACGAGCUGAUGGUUUAUAUUGUAACCUUCCCCUGUUCUUGUGCAACAAGCUAAUUUGCUGAAUUGUGGACCGAUGUUAAUUGUAAAUAAGGUUUAAAGUAGCCGUGUCAUUAUUAUACUAUUGCUAUUGGUUAUUCUCUAAUGCAUGUUGAGUUGGGACUGAACUGAUAAUUAAAAAGAAUGGUACCAACCUUUAUUAGA